UGGCUAGUCCUGAGAAGAAGAAAAACUCAGUAUUGAAAGGCUUACAGCCUCACCGUUGCAGGCUGGUUCACGCUGGCGCUGCCGCUGCUGGGCAAGGCCACGAUCAGCAUGGUGUUCUGCUCGGUGUACAUCUACACCAUCGAGCUGGUGCCCACGCGCGGACGCCACUCGCUCAUGGGGCUGUGCUCGAUGUUCGGCCGCAUCGGCAACGCGCUGGCGCCGCUCACCCCCAUGUUGGUUGGUCGGUUAGUUCGUGUAGCCAGAAUAGUGCUCUUGUAGAGUAGAAAUUGGUCUUUAGAGUCGACAGAAACUGUGAUGGUAUUGGUUACCAUCAAUGGCGUAGGAGUACCCUCCUACGCUGUUCUUGCUAGAUAAUAAUGUUUUAGUUUUGCGUGCUUCUUAUGCAGACGUCAACGAAUGGUAGUUUUUAUUAUGGUUUGUUU